GAUGCGGGCCGUUCCAUAAGCUACCCGCCAAAUUGUUUUCAACCUGAACGCAACGUGUGCGGUGCGCGGCCCUCCGACUCGGAUUUUAUUUCGCGAAUUCCACCACAAAAAACCAAUCAAGUUCGCCAAUAAAAAAAUUGUAAACAAAUACCAGGAAACCCCGACUAGUAAACGACUAACAGAACAAAUUUUAAAAUCAGCAAUUGUAUGAUAGUGGAACGGUAGCGGAAUUAUGAAAGAAUUGGGUGAAUAAAAGCGACAGAAAGCACUCGGCAAACGAACUGUAAAUACGCGUUAUCGCCCACAUCUACCGCGCUCAACAGGCAACAGCUGAUUAUCACACCUUCCGUGCGUUUAUUUCGCACAUUUCAGUUUCCCUAGACCAAACCAAACGCCGCAAAGAGAGGGGCCAACUACUGUGUAAGAGAGUGCUAAAUAGUUUCAAUUUGCAACAAACGGAGCAUAAAGAUGAACAGCGAUGAGGUACAAAUGAUCAAAAAGACCUGGGAAAUCCCCGUGGCAACACCCACAGACUCCGGAGCGGCGAUACUGAAGCUCUUUUUCACCCGCUAUCCGUCCACCUUGGAUAAGUUCCCCUUCCGCGAUGUUCCAUUGGAGGAGCUAGCCGGCAAUGCCCGGUUCAGGGCACAUGCUGGCAGGAUUAUUCGAGUCUUUGACGAGUCCAUCCAGUUGCUGGGACAGGAUGGCGAUCAGGAGAAGCUGGACGAGAUCUGGACCAAGGUGGCCGUCAGUCACAUACCGCGUGCCAUUUCCAAGGAGUCUUAUAAUCAACUGAAAGAAGUUAUCCUGGAGGUCCUUACCGCCGCCUGCAGUCUGAACGAGAGUCAAGCGGCCACGUGGGCCAAGUUGGUGGACCAUGUCUACGGCAUUAUGUUCAAGGCCAUUGACGAGGACGGCAACGCCAAGUAGAGGAGGGCAUUUUAGGUGGCACCCGCGGAUGCAACUGAUGCAACAUGCAACACAUGCACAGCUUAUGUAGUUCUAAGUAAUUGAUAAAUGUUAGCUAUUCUCGUUUUGUAAUAAUGAAUGCGAAUGUCCAAAAAACAAAGAUACACUGGAAACUUUUUUCUGCGUAGAGCUACUCACAUAUACAAACGCACACACAACACACCGCACACCACACUCCAGACACACACCCGCACUUGCAUUGCUCUGUAAAGCUUUAACCCAUUGUCAGCCUUAAGCACUUGAUAACAAAGGAAUAAAUGAAAUCAGUCAGAAAAAAAACCAAUGCUUAUGAAUAAAAUUCAGUGUGGAUUCAGAGUGA